UUAACUCCCCCUACUGGGAUUUCACGAUGAAGACGUUGUUUUUAUUGCUGACCUUGGGUUUGACCGUAUCCGCACUGCAAAAUGGUAGGACAAAACAAGGCAAGCGACAGGGUAAAACGGCCGAAAGGUUCAAUGACAGAAAGUGGAGCUUUGUUUGCAACUAUGAUAGCGACGGCGCACUCCCAAGAGGGUCUAGAAUACCGUGCAGAUGGAUAGAUGUCACUAGAGGCAACUACGAGACCGCCAUAUACAACUCUGAUAAUAUCGAUCAGCACAACCCAAAAAAUGGUCACAAUAAGGGAAAGAAGACGCAAAAACAAGAGAAUUAUAUCAUCCAUUCUUCCUACCUUGCCCUCGGAGAUCCUGCGCCCAAGCAACGUGAAACUCGCCUCAAAUCGCCCAAAGAACCAAAGAACUCAAAACCCGACCCAAACAAAACGGAAACUACUCAAGGGAAUCCUUGUGACCCAAAUCCGUGUCCUAAAGACGCCAAAGGCAAAGCAGUAAAAUGUCAAGUAAAUCCUAAAGAGAAUACGUACAAAUGUAAAAUACCAAAAAACACGUGCGUUGUGGAUGGAGAACUCUUGGCAAGAAACAAGAAGAGAGUUAUUGGGUGCAAGUCUUGUGUGUGCCGUCUGCCAAACAUAGAAGAACCAGUCUGUAGUAGCAUCUGUAAAUCAUGGAACCCUGCUCUGAUACCAUCUGCGUGUAAACUUAUCACACCUCCUGGUAAAUGCUGUCAGGAACUCGACUGUAGCGGGUCCGGGGCAGCCAAUGCUGUCUCAACAAAGAAAACAACGCCAUCUAUCGUCACGAGUACCGCUGCUCCCAAGAACCCGUGUGAACCAAACCCUUGUCCCAAAGACGCUAAAGGUAACCCGGUAGAAUGUGAAGUGAGACCUAUAGAGGGGACAUACAAGUGUAAAAUACCUAAGGGUAAUUGCUCAACAUCCACCGCUACAACCACCGAACCAACCACGACCACAGCGGUACCAACCACAACCACCGCGACAACCACAACAACAACCACCGUACGAACAACUACCUUGAAGGAACCCACAACAAAAACCAGCGAGGCAACCACGGCUACGAUGAAACCGACCAAAGCAGCCACCGUACCAACCACUACCACAGCAAAUCCCACAACCAAAGUUAUACCCACAACCACCCUGGCGCCCCUGAACCCCUGUGAACCAAACCCGUGUCCCAAAGACGCCCAUGGUCAGCCUAUUGCCUGUCAAACGAAACCUGCAGAUGGCACACACGAGUGUAUAAAACCAACAGAUAUGUGUAUGGUAGAUGACGAGCUGCUGGCUCGAGCAGAGAGAAGAAUUAUUGGCUGCAAGAACUGUAUCUGUCUUAACCCUAGCGCUAACUUUGCGUUCUGUGAGUCAACGUGUAAGCCGUGGACCUCUGAUCAGAUUCCCCCCGGCUGCCAGCUUAUAACGCCUCCUGGAAAAUGUUGCCAAGAACUUGACUGUAGCGGGGCUGCAGUGACCAAUACAGUGCCAACGAAAACCGUACCUGUAACAACGACCCAAAUUCUCACGAACCCCUGUGAGCCAAACCCAUGUCCCAAAGAUGCCAAAGGGCAGCCUGUUGCCUGUCAAGUGAAACCUGCAGACGGGAAACAUGAGUGCCUUAAACCAGAUGAUAUGUGCAUGGUGGAUGACGAGCUGUUGGCUCGGGCAGAGAGAAGAGUUAUUGGCUGCAAGAAUUGUAUAUGUCUUAACCCCAGCGCUAACUUUGCAUUCUGUGAGUCAACAUGUAAACCGUGGACCCCUGAUCAGAUUCCACCUGGCUGCAAGCUAGUAACACCUCCUGGAAAAUGUUGCCAAGAACUCGACUGUAGCGCGGUGGCAGCGGUUUCUUUGGGAAAAUAA